GAGGUGUGAGGCUUCUUCCUCAUUUAGUUGUUGCAACUGUGCAGUGAAGACCUGUUCGCAAGAGACAGUAUUCAACUAAUUUGAACCCAAAUCGAAUAUGGAUGCUGAUAUCAUGGAGAACAUCUUUCUUCUGGUGUUGGUUACCCUAUUAAGCGUUGUUCAAAAUGCGUUCUUCGCUCUGAAGGUUGAGAAAGAAUGCAAAUCCCAAAAUACAAAGGCUGCUGCAUUUGAGCGACUGUCAUGUGCCAAACGAAAUUGCAUGGACACAUAUCCCACAUUCCUGGCUAUCAUGUGGUGCGCUGGUCUCUGCCUCAGUCAGGCUCCAGCAGCAUUUGCGGGAGCAGUGUACCUGUUCGCACGGCAGAAGUACUUUGUUGGGUACAUGGGGCAGACAUGUCAGAGCACCCCUGGUUAUCUGUUUGGGAAACGUAUGCUUUCCUUCCUGUUCCUAAUGUGUGUGGUGGGCAUCGUCAACUUUCUUCUGGGCCAGUACUGUGGAAGUGACUACAAGGAAUACAUCCAGACCAUCACCAAGACCCUCUCUCCUCUUCUUCUGAUUCCCUGAGCUUUACACCAGGAGCUGCAGAGAAUUACUUCAGGCUUUUGUUGCCAGAUCUUUGUGUUGAUGCCAUAAAUGCACAGGCUUUUUUGACCAGGCAUUUAAUGCGAAAAUUGAUGUGAAUUCUUUGCAAGUUUUCUUGUGUGUGCACAAAGUUUUAUGAACAUUGGGAUAAAAUGUGUUGGAGGACCAAUGUGUCCAUACAAAUAUGCAAGUAUGAGAUAGGCCUACGCAUCUAAUAAAGUGAUAAAUGUGUAGAUAUUUUUAAAAAAUCAAAGGAACUGCAUGGAUCCACAUCGCUGUAAGCAAAAUUUACAUUCAAGUUUAUUUACAUCAGUAGGUAUCAGAAUCUUAUUCUGAUCCAUCAGUCUUCAUUUUUACAUGUAACAUCAUUCAUUGAACAGACGUCCAAAGACAAUAAUAAUAUACGUAUUAAAAAUGUAAUGCUUGUA